AUGAACGGUGUCAUACCAAAAAUACAAAAAGUCGUUGUGAUUGAUGGAGUUGGCGGAUACGAUGUUAUCAAGUACGAGGAUUAUCCUGUGCCAUCGAUUUCGGGGAAAGAUUUACUAAUAAAAAACAAGUACACAGGUGUUAACUACAUCGAAAGUUACUUUCGGAAGGGCCUUUACCCUUGUGAAAAGCCAUACAUAUUGGGUAGGGAAGCAGCGGGUACAAUUGUAGCAAAGGGUAAAGAUGUAACGAAUUUUGAAAUUGGAGACAAAGUAGCUUAUAUAUCUAAUUCUACAUUUGCGCAGUAUACAAAAUUUCCAUCUGAAGGUACAGUAAUGAAGUUGUCAAAAGAAACAAAUGAUGAAGAGUUGAAACUGUACGCAGCUGGUUUAUUACAAGCUCUCACUGCCUUAUCGUUUACAAACGAAGCGUAUCACGUCAGGAAGGGUGACUAUAUUUUGCUGUUUGCUGCAGCAGGUGGUGUUGGACUAAUCCUAAAUCAGUUGUUAAGAAUGAAAGGUGCGCAUGCGAUUGCAGUUGCAUCAACAGAUGAGAAGCUCGAAAUAGCGAAGGAAUAUGGGGCUGAGUAUUUGAUUAAUUCUUCCAAAGAAGACAUUCUAAAAAAAGUUCUUGAAAUUACAAAUGGUGAAGGUGUUGAUGCUAGUUUUGAUUCAGUUGGAAAGGAUACCUUUGAAAUUACCCUAGCCGCACUAAAAAGAAAAGGGGUAUUUGUUUCCUUUGGUAACGCAUCGGGCCUCAUUCCACCAUUCUCCAUUAACAGACUUUCUCCUAAAAAUAUAACUUUAGUGAGGCCUCAACUUUAUGGCUACAUAGCUGAUCUCAAAGAAUGGAAAUCAUAUACUGACGAAUUUGUUGGACUGAUUAAUUCGAAGAAGUUGAAUAUUAAGAUAUACAAGACCUAUCCGUUAAAGGAUUAUAAAAGUGCAGCAGUUGAUAUAGAAAGUAGAAAAACUAUUGGUAAACUAGUUCUCGAAGUACCACAGUAG